UUAAAAUGUUCUACUUGCAGAUGCUGAAUGUCGUCAAUAUUUUUAGAAAUCGUUCCAAACUCGUUGGACUGUAGGUCAGAAAGCUGCAAUGGAUUCUCUCAGACAUAACGAAUAUCAAACGAAUCAGUCCCACCAUCAACAUGUAACUACGCAUUCACAACAUGUGCAUAACUACAUAGCCCCGCACCAUAAGAACCAUCAACAGCAACAACCACCUGCAGCAACACCACAGCAACAACAAGAACCGCCGCAGCAACACCUGCAACCACAUGCUCAUUACCAAUUGGGUGGUAGCAGCUCACUCUACCCUAGCUCAAUCAAAAAUUACCAUAACUCAGAGCCAGUGGAUGCGGAGCGAACCCGAUCCACCGUUUAUCUGCUGAGCGCGCCGAGUAGUGGUGCUGGCGGUGGAACCAGUACCAAUCCGGGGGAUGGAGCAGCUUCAGCUUCUUCGAUAAUGCCGUCAACAGGUAUUGCUGCGACUGCAUGUGGCGACGAUCCACAUUUACAAUACUAUACGUCCAACCGAGAUUUAACCGCCGGCAAGAGUUCAACGGAAGCGACGUCUUAUCCCGGUUGGCAGUACAAGACGAGCGGGGCAACCGGAGUGGUGCCUGUGCAACGACAGCAUAGUAGCGCCAUAUACAAUGGGCCCUACUGGCUGCAGGACGAGCAAUAUCAGCACCAAAAAUUGCAUUCAGUACAGCAACAAUCGAGUUUAAGAUAUGGCAAAUCUCAAAAGGCCACACGACCUAGUGCAAUCAGCAGCAGCAAUAGCAGCAUUGGAAGCAUAAAUGGAGGCGAGAGCAGUUUUCGCUUGUACGAGGACAACAGUAAAUACUCUACUGCUGGACCUUACGCUAAGGCUGUAAACUAUGCAUCCACCGCCCGUUACGAGCUACUGGAACAAGUGGUAAAUCCGAGUAAUGCGUUGCUGGGCACAAGCGAUCAGCAGCCCAGUCCCAAUUAUGCGCGCAAGUGUCCACAGCAUUACGAGCCACCAACAGAGCAGCGCAGCGCUGAUCACAAAGUGAUUUCUCCACAGCCUUCACAUCAACAGCGACAGCAACAGCAGCAUCAACAUCAGAGUCUAUACAUGCCUUCAAAUUUUCAAAAUACCGUGCAUAAUGCCAUUGAAAAAUAUGUGCGAGAAACUGCUCCUGCACCUGCACCCCAUUUAGACUAUACCCGCAGAGGCACUACAUUUACACGUCCAUCAGCCGGUUAUUAUGGUCUGUCAGCUGUGAGUGGAGGAAAUAGUAGUAGCAGGGGCAACGACGCAUGUGUCAAAUUGGAGCCGGAUCCACCAGCGCUGGCACGUUCUUCACUUUACCAUAAUCCUUACAGUCCGUCUACAGCCCCAUCAGCGAGUCCUUUCAAAGACAAGGAGCAGCAAGUGCUCGUUGCUGUAGACGUAAGUUCGCGCGACACAUCGCCUUCUUUGGCACGUGCCUAUCCCACCAACUACGAUAAAGUUAUGCCUCAGUAUGGAACGCCAACAACGACGGGUGCAGCGAUGGCUGGUGAGCAGAGGCGAAAUACAUUCAGCUCCAUAAACAAUUAUACGGGUUAUUAUAAUCAUGGUACGCUAUCUCCAGCAGCUGCUCAAGUGACUUCACCGUUGCCAGCCCAGCAGCUCUAUAAUAAUACCCUGCCUCCGUCAAGCAGCACACAUACAGCCGCGCCCAAUUACUCCACGCUGCAAGUAUAUCCACAUGGGCCUGACAUCUGCUGUCAGUCGUCGACGGCUUUAAAAUCAACUCCGUCGCUGCCCCCUGGUCCAAAGAAAACUCCAGCCGCUUCUAAGCCAAACUAUCGAGCGCUAAUCAAUGACAUGUUAAAGCGAAACACGACUAGUGAAGAGGAGCUCAAUCUUCAAAUUAUAAAGAAGACGCUCAAUAUGGAAACGCCGGGAAGUCGGUUACCCAGAGUACCUACAGUACUUACCAGAAUCCACCAGUCGCCAGUCACAAUUACUGUUCAUCCAACGUUGCCUCCAGUUAUUCAAGAACCACCAGCACAGCUAAACCCACAACCACCGCCUCAGCCCACUUUGGCCUCCGCCCAGUCACCUUUGGAUUUGUCCAUGCGAACGAUCAAACAAACCGCCGACUCCACAGAAUAUCAGCGCAUGCCUACUGAUUCAUUAGGCACAGGCACAGGUACAGGUUUGCCACGUUUUGAUAUAACACCAAAUUUUGCGCGCACCAACAGGAAAGCGUCGAGCCUAUCAGCCGCAUUGCCAGCAGCAGUAAUACGGCAAGCGCCAGCUAAUACAUCGCCUUCAGUUGAAGCAACGCCCAUGGUCAUUAAAGCGGCACAGCAGUUGCGGCCCAGCGUAUUGGAAACCAAUCCUUUUGCGAGGAGACCCCAACUGCCCCCUGAGACAAGUGUUAAAGCAAUGCCAAAUCCAGCGCAUAGUCCCAGCACAACUAGUACAUGCACAGCCGUGAACACGAUAACGAAUAGUGCCCACAACAGCAGCAACCCGAACUAUUUGGGUCGCAAGCGUCAUCUACAGGAAUACAACCAAGCCACGGCCGCGGCGGCAGCUGCAAUAGAAGCAGCCACAGCAGCAGCAGCCAAACAGCCGCGUUUGGACACACCUCAGAUAGAAGGCAUUGUCAACACAUCAGUGUCGGUUAUAGCUGCCAAUGAGCAAGCGCCGUUGGCAAAGCGGGUAGAACACCCUAUACUGCCCUCCAGAAGCCGCGUGAUUGUUUGUACACAGCCUAAGCAGGAACAGUUGGUGGUGCCAAAGACGGAGUCACGUAUACGAACUAAGGCGGAGCUUAAAGGAUUUACGUUCACGACACCAGAUCUGACCAUAGCUAAUUCAACAAAAACUACACCAAUAACAACAAAAGAUAUCCCAACUAGUAUUGAAACCAACAACAGUGCUCCAGUGGAUACUACCACACCCUCACCUGCACUACAACCCAAUAACGGGAGCAAUCACAUUCAAAUCAAAUUGGAGCCGGUGCCCACUCCGGAACAUGAUGUGAAAGAUGUGGACGAUGGCGACGCGCCAAGCUUCAACAGCAGCAGUCUCUGUGACUGGGGUAGUACGUGCAACAAUCUCGUAAAGCAACUGCUCAGCAAAUCGUUGCCCGCAAAAACCACAACGGGUAAUGAAAGCAUUGCCCCAGCCAGCCGGAUCAAGCUGGAGCUGAGCGAGGACGAUCUACCCGUGGCGCGGAUACUUAAGAGACAGCCGCUGGCAGCAGAUAUCGAAUCGACGGCAACAACUACCACACAACUGACCAACACUACCACAACGAAUGGGAAUGCGUUCGGCGCCUCUCAAAAGAAGCUAAGCAAAUCCGAGCGCGAAAAGAAGCGGCUGAUGCAGGAGCAGCGAAUAGCUGCACGAUUGGCACCCACGGCUGGUCACAGCAGCAGUUCCGAGAGCGACUCAACUGAGCUACGUAAGCGUAAGACUGCCAGGCAAAAGAAACCUCCUAUGCGCAAGAGUAAAGCACGUCGAGCAAAUGAUAAGGAGAUGCAAUUGAAGCAUUGCGAGCAGCCAAGCAGCGAUGAUGAGCAAAAGCCAAAUAGAGGGCAAGAACCGAAGAAUUCGGCUAAGAAAACUAAAGUGCAAUACUCGAGUGAUAAGUGUAAAAAAAAUCAAAUCGAAACACAACGAGGAAGAGUAAUAAGACAAAAGCCGAACCCAGAUAGGAAUGCUGACGAUAAAACUAGCUCGGAUGAAAGCGGAAAGAGUAAGGAUGAAGAGCCACGGGAGCAGCUUGAUGACGUUGUUGAAGAGGACGGCGAAGGAGAAGAAAAUACGAAUGCUGAGGAAGACAGCGCUUGCAAUCAAAGUAAGUGCAAAGCAAAACCCAGUUUUAAAAAUCGCAUAGCACUUAACACUAUGACGCGAUCCAAGCGAAAAAAGGAACUCGAGCUCCAGCUGGCGAACAGCAAGGUGCUGCGAAAUGACAAAAUCAUACGGAACUCGACGACAAAAAUUAAGCGAAAAUAUGUACGUAAAAUGGUGCCAGAUGCUAAGAAGGAAAUUAUGAUAACACGUCUGCGAAACAAACGAGAUGAACGGAUGGACAUGACCCAUCGGUCGGGACGUAAGCUAAAGAACAAUCACAAGCCCGGCCAUCCGACCAGCAACAAGACAAACAUCAGUCAAACAAAUGCAACACCACAGCAGCAGCUAUUUCUGGAGGAAUAUAGGUAUAAGUUGGCGCUUAAGAUACCACAACGCUUGAUCUCCAUCAACAAGUUGAAUAAGUUGCCUCAAGUAGCGGCGUCCUUACCGGAUCUAGACCGUGGCCGGUAUCUCACUCAGGAUAUGGCUUCCUUUAAGCCCACUAGAGGGCGAAAGUCGCGAUCUAAACUACUUCAGCAGCAAUCGCAGCAACAGCAAAAGGCGACACCUAAGUCUAUUAUCGAUGUACUGCAUCUCCGCGUUACCAGCAAUGGCAGUCAACAACAGCAGACCAACAGCAAUCUCAGCAACUGCGCCACAAGCGUUAAUAAUUAUAGUGAAACCUCACAGACCUCUGCCUCGAAUUCUUUGUAUGAGCACUUGCAGGAUGCGACGGAGCCCAGUGUGGAGGAGCAUACUCUUGGCAAGCGUCACUUUAGCAUAUUCGAUACAAAGGUACUGCAAAGUAAAACACGCACAGAAUCCAAAUUGCAGCAACGACGCGAGAUCAUACGCGAAAUAUUUGUGGGCACGGAGCGGCCAGCCUCAGCACCUCCAGAGUGUGCGCAGCCUGAUCAGGCCGGCGAGGAAUGCUCUGCAUUGAGCUAUCAGCAAUAUGAGGACUUUUUAGACCAAAUGAAUCGUAUUGUUACCGCCAAUAAUAACAAGCUUUCCCGGCACAACAUUAGCGGUGAAACAAAGCUAAAGACAGAAACAGAUUUGCCCAGUCGACCCAUUGUCUAUAAGCGUAAGUAUUUGCGUCGCAAGGGAAGCUCUGGCUUUGACUAUAUACGUAAAAAGAAGCGACCUACACAUCACCAUCAGAGUACCAGUACCAGCAAUAGUACGAAUAAUAUUAACACCGUUUCCGGUGAACAUACGGCAACCAAUAUCUUUCCCAUUCACACUGCAGCAGCAACAGCGGCAGAAACGGUGGCAGCCGAUGAUGAACGUCUGGAUGAUACCGAUAGUACCAUCGCGGGAAGCACAUCCUAUUUUCUGCCGAUGACGGUGAAGACCGAAAUGGACGUGUGCCGUGAAAUACAGAAGUGGGUGCUCAACAAGGGCGUUGGUCAGAGCACAAUGCACAAGGCGGCACGUCAGGGACUAAUCGAUGUGGUUGUAUACUGCCUGGAUCGUAUGGGCAUGAAUCCGGAUCAGAAGGACAAUGCUGGUUAUACACCGCUACACGAGGCCUGCACGCACGGUUGGUUAGAAAUAGCCAGGAUUCUGUUGCAAUUCGGUGCCAAUCACUCGGAGGCCGCCCAGUCUGGUAUUCGACCACUUCAUGGAGCUAUAGAGAAUGACCAUGAGGAGGUGGUACGAUUAUUACUAUCCUAUGGCGCUGAUCCGUUGCUGGCAACAUACUCAGGCCAAACCCCACUCAUGUUAGCAUCAAGCAAAUUGAUGUUUGGCGUAUUGAGCAGUCAUCUCAGCGAUGCACAAAGUGCGGCUGACGACAUAAAACCAAUGCGAUUUCCAGGACCCUGGGAGAUAUUUGAUGAAAAGGAAAAUGGUUUUAAUAUUUUUGAUAAUGUACCGAAUACAGCAUGUGAUAUGAGCAGAGCUCAACCUAGAGGAAUAUUUAAGCAGGUACGCAGCCAUGGCGACAACGACAAUCCAGCAAGUCCCAAAUCCGACAGUAAAACCAGAAAUAUAAAUGAAUUAUUGCGCGAGAGGAGAGAGAGCAAGGAAACAACUAAUGCGAAUGGGGAGAUAAAUGCAAAGACUGCAACGAAAACAAUAAUUACAUCAACAGCUACAGAAUCAGCAAAAACCGUUAAACAAACAGAAGUUGCAGAAACGCAACGGCAAGUGAAAUUAGAACCUGGUGCGGGCGUCGAGGAUACAAAUAACAACAAUAAUAAUAGGAAUAAAAUUGAUAUUAACUUUGAGCAAAAUGUAUCGAGCAUUGUAAAUGGCAAGCAUGAGGUCAAACAGGAACCGCAAGAUGGCGACAAUUUGAAUAUAAGUAUUAAUAUGAAAGGUAAUGAUACAGUGGAUGAUCGUAACGAACAAGCUGUUGAUGAUCACGAAUACGAUGAUGACGACGGCAGAGACGCGUUAUCGGAUGAAUUGAACGGUGAUAUUUUUAAAUUCGAAGAAGCCGAUGUGCCCUUGCCACCACUAUACUUGCUUAAAGAUGAGGGCAGUGAUAAAUGGGUACUCCUUAAUGAUUUGUGCAAUUUACUUAAGGUUAAGUCGAAGGAUACGCUGCUUAAUAAGAUCUGUCCAAACGGGAACAGCCUAGCCAGCAAUCAGAAGCAACUGCUGAGAGAGUUCAAAAUUGACGAUUUUCUGAAACAGGCAACGUGCCUCCAGCUCCUGUGUGCCGGCGAGAAGUUGAAUAUGUUUAGCUCCUCUAAGGUUGUGCUCAUCAGAUACAACGAUAGUGUUAAAAAUUUGUUGGGUGUUAAAACCAUUUUAAUGAAAUUUUAGGACGUGAAUUUCCUAAUGCAUAAGACAUUAGA